AUGGCCGGAGGAAUCUUCACCAGUUUGGAUCAUCAGUAUAACGUGGACUGUACGAGCGUCCACCCCCUCAUGUGUCACCUGUGUCACGAGCAGUACCAGUCCCCGUGUCUGCUGGACUGCUACCACAUCUUCUGUGCCCGCUGCCUGCGAGGCCGGACCACUGACAACCGUCUCAGCUGCCCCCUCUGUGGAUAUCCAUCCUUAGUAAAAGGGAAUAAUGCCCUCCCGCCUGAAGACCGUCUGCUCAGGUUUCUUGUUGACAACAAUGCAGACACAGAGGAGACGGUCCCGUGUGCCAACUGUGACCAGGAAAGUAACAAAAAGGAAACCGGACUGAUGUACUUCUGUAAUACCUGCAGCCAGCCACUGUGCGGCGACUGCAAGGAGCUGACUCACAAGGCCCGAAUGUUUUCCCAUCAUGAGAUUGUCACCUUGGCCAAACGCACUAAAGCCAAACACAGGAAGUGCUCUCUCCACGAGGAGCCGUACAUCCUCUUCUCAACAGAGAACAAGUCAAUGCUUUGCAUCAAGUGCUUCAGAGACAUGCAAGUGGAGAGUCGUACUCACUGCAUUGAUACUGAAACAGCCUACAUGCAGGGCUGUGAGAUGCUGGACCAGGCUGUGCUGGUGGUGAAGGAGCUGCAGACUUCAGCCCGGGAGGCGAUCGUCCUGCUGAGAUCAAUGAUAGGAGAAGUGUGUCUAAAUGUGGAGGAGGAAGAGAACGCGAUCUGCAGUCUCUUCAACAGUCUGCAGGAAAAACUAGCAGAGAGGAAGAAGAUUCUGUUAAAAGCAGCUCAGAGUCAACAUGAGGAGAAGGAGAAAGCACUGAAGGAGCAACUGUCACAUCUUACUGCGCUUUUACCAACCCUCCAGGUUCAUCUCGUCACGUGCUCGGCUUUCCUCAGCUCGGCCAACAGGUUUGAGUUUCUGGACAUGGGCUACCAGCUGAUGGAGCGGCUGAAGAGGAUCGUGAAGCUCCCUCAUCGCCUGAGGCCGGUUCAGAGCAGCAAGAUCAACACAGACUACCGGAGCGAGUUCGCCCGCUGCCUGGAGCCCCUGCUGCUGCUGGGGCCGCGCUGCCCCCCCUCUGUGGCCGGAUCUAUAAGUGCUGCAACCAGGCUCCAGUCGCCUCUCUCCAUGUCCUGCCGCUCGCCGUCUCUCAGCGAGAUGCCUCUGGGCUCGGUGCUGGGGCGAAGGCCGACGUCUCAUCGCAACAUCUGCACCAAGGUCCUGCUGGCCGAGGGGAGGGAGACGCCCUUCACCGAGCACUGUCGCAACUACGAGAACACCUACAGGACCCUCCAGACGGAGAUCCAGAAUCUAAAGGACCAGGUCCAGGAGCUGCACCGAGACCUGACCAAGCACCACUCCAUCAUCAACACCGAAAUAAUGGGCGAGGUCCUGGACAGGUCGCUGCACAUCGACGGCCAGAUCACCGCCCAGUACUCCACUGUGGAAACUGUGAGGGUGGUGUUUGAAGAGAUCUGGGAGGAAACGUUCCAGCGGGUCACUAACGAGCAGGAGAUCUAUGAAGCUCAGCUUCUGGACCUGAUGCAGCUGAAGCAGGAGAACUUCUCCUUAACCACCAUCGCCAAACAGAUCAGCCCGUACAUCUUAUCCAUCGCCAAGGUCAAGGAGCGACUGGAGCCCAGUUUUCAGGAGCCGAAGGAGCAACAUGACGACCGCACAGAAACGAUGCUGAAAAUCUACGAAGACAACUCGAUGACAAAGCAAAGUCACGACAGUGACAACCAGACGUGUGUCUCCGACCAAGACAGAGACGAGAACCAGCGUCCACUGGUCCUGGAAUCAAGGGACAGCUCCGUCCAGGCCGAUCCUCCAGGCAGGCCGAGGGGGGGGCCCACAGAGACGUCCAGCCACAAUGAGAUGCCUUCGUAA